CGAGCGCGUUUGCGACAGGCGGCGGCGGAACGUGGGGCCUUGACCGCUUCGCUUUGCCCCGGGUGGGCGUGGGGCGCGCGGUUUCCAGCUCCAACUCCUGUCGUUCCUCACCGCGACCCCCGACUCCUGAUCACGGUGGGCUGGUCGGUGGCGAGGGGGGCCGGCCGGCCUCUGGCCCGCCCCGCGAGGUGACCUUGUUCGAGUCCCCUGUCGCGCUGAGACGCGGCGCGCGUUGCUGGCGUAGGCCGGUUAGGGACCCGGCUGUGGGGCAGUUGAGGACACUCCACCGGCUGCCCCGGGGCAGGGAAACGGCCGGGCCGCCGGGAGCGGUGGAGUGUGUGUGUGUGGGGGGGGAUGCCCCUUCAUGUGAAAUGGCCGUUCCCCGCCGUGCCGCCGGUCACCUGGACCCUGGCCAGCAGUGUCGUCAUGGGCCUGGUGGGCACCUACAGCUGCUUCUGGACCAAGUGCAUGAACCGCCUCACCGUCCACAACAAGGAAGUGCUGUAUGAGCUCAUCGAGAACCGCGGCCCAGCCACGCCCCUCAUCACGGUCUCCAAUCACCAGUCCUGCAUGGAUGACCCUCAUCUCUGGGGGAUCCUGAAACUCCGCCAUAUCUGGAACCUGAAGUUGAUGCGUUGGACCCCCGCAGCUGCAGACAUCUGUUUCACCAAGGAGCUGCAUUCUCACUUUUUCAGCCUGGGCAAGUGCGUGCCUGUUUGCCGAGGAGACGGUGUUUACCAGAAGGGAAUGGACUUUAUUUUGGAGAAGCUCAACCAUGGGGAUUGGGUGCACAUCUUCCCAGAAGGAAAAGUGAACAUGAGCUCCGAGUUCCUGCGCUUCAAGUGGGGAAUCGGACGCCUGAUCGCCGAGUGUCAUCUCGACCCCAUCAUCCUGCCGCUGUGGCAUGUGGGAAUGAACGAUGUCCUUCCUAAUAAACCGCCAUACGUUCCCCGAAUCGGACAGAAAAUCACUGUGCUGAUAGGCAAGCCCUUCAGCGUCCUGCCUGUGCUCGAGCAGCUCCGGGCAGAGAAUAAGUCCACGGUGGAGAUGCGCAAAACCCUGACCGACUUCAUCCAGCAGGAAUUCCAGGGCCUGAAGACCCAGGCCGAGCAACUCCACAACCACCUGCAGCCCGACAGAUAGGCCCUGCCCUGCGCAGACCCCGCCCGGCUGCCUCACGGUCCUGUGAGGCCCCCGAGGUCUGGGGAAGAGGCAGCCCCGGGACCUGGUCCCCAGCUGCCAGGUUCUCAGUGCUGCCUUGGGUUCUCACCCCUGCACAUGGCUGGGCUGGGCUGGGCUGGACUGAUGCUUUGAGCUCAGAUGCGGUUUUUAGACAGAGUUCUUCAUCACCCUUAAUGGGUACCCUCCCCUAGUUGAUGAGCAUUCCAGCUCAUCUGUGGUUUUUGCAGUUGAAAAGGGUCUCUUGGCCACAAAGGGAGGGAAAAAUGUAGGCAGUGGCCUCCUUCUUGCCUCCAUGUGUGGUCUCCCAGGGCUGGUGUCUGGAGGGAGAGCAGUUAAGGGGGGAUGGGCGACUAGACGGCUUAGGGAGGGCCCCACAAGGCCAUUGGCCUUGAGCUGCUCACCACCUCAUGAGGGACAGUCUUUGGCCAGUGCUUCCUUCUGCCCAGGCUUCCGACAGGCCUGGGAGCUUCGGGCAGCCACCCCCCACCCCCACCCCCCACUGUAGGCAGGAGAGCAGCCCUUUGCCACAAGCGGGGCCUGUAGCAAGGGCCCCAGACCUGGCCAGUCGUCCCAUGCUGGGGCCCACCAACUUACUCCUCUCUGUGUCCCCGACAUCACUCAAGCCCCCUGAGGCUGGAUUUCUAUGUUUUAUAAAAAAUAAAGUAUCUGUGUUGUGCUG